AUGGCCGGGCGGGGCUUCGGCAACAUGGUGCACCCGAAUGCCGUGGUGGCACGAAGGGAGCUCGAGCGGCAGGAGCAGCUGCGUCUCCAACGCCUCGCCGAGGUCAAGACCUCCCCGCAGGUCCUCAGCAGCCGGGCGCUGCGGCCGAGCUCUGCCAGCCGUGCCCGGCCCGAGAGUGGCCGCCGGAGGCCUCGCUCCAGGCCGCCUUCUGCGCCGGCGCCCUCGCGACGGCCACCUGCCCCCGUUGCGUCGACGCACGCGGAGGCAGGCAACGGCAGUGAAUGUGGUCCCAGGCUUGCGCCUGAUGAGAUCCAGAGCCAGCUGAUGAAGCAGAAGCUGAGCCCGUACGAGGCCUCGGUGGCAUAUGCCUCGGUAGCCUCGCGCAGCCAGAACCCGCUGGUCAACGGCAGAGCCCAGAGCGCGCCGUCGAAAAUCCCUGUGACUUACCUCACCUCGCCGCAGAGGCGCCUUGAGGAUGCUUACAACCAUCUGCCCUCCGCCUCCGAGGAGGAGAGGGAAGCGCUGAUGGAGGACGAGAUCUUUGCCCUGCAUGAUGAUGUGGCCUGCGCGACUUUGCCUUUGUGA